GUGAUUUUCCAAACAUGGCCGCCACUAGUGCUUGUAAAAACGCCGUGGACCACGACAUGUUUUUAAAGAAAACGCUCUCUUCCGCGUCCCCUUUGGCUUUGCACAUAAUCGCAGAGUGUCCGGUGACCAAAGCAAGAGUUUGUGACCUGAGGCUGCCGCACUGCACCGUCAACACACCGGUGUUUAUGCCGGUGGGUACACAGGGGACCAUGAAGGGAAUCACGGCGGAUCAGCUGGAGGCUCUCGGUUGUCAGAUAUGUCUGGGGAACACAUACCACCUGGGAAUGAGGCCGGGGCCUGACUUGAUUGAAAAGGCCAAUGGCUUGCAUGGAUUUAUGAACUGGAAAAGAAACCUUUUAACGGACAGCGGAGGGUUCCAGAUGGUGUCACUUGUUGAACUCUCUGAGGUCACAGAGGAAGGGGUCACGUUCAAGUCCCCUUAUGAUGGUGAAACCAUCCUCCUGAGUCCUGAGAAGUCCAUCAGCAUACAGAACAGUCUUGGGUCAGACAUCAUGAUGCAGUUGGACGAUGUGGUGAGCAGCACAGUGACGGGGCCGCGGGUGGAGGAGGCCAUGCACAGAUCCAUUCGCUGGUUGGAUCGUUGCAUAAAAGCCAAUAAAAAUCCAGAAAAACAGAACCUUUUUGCUAUCAUCCAGGGUGGCUUGAAUGCCGGGCUUCGGAAAACGUGUCUAGAUGAAAUGACUAAACGUGAUGUCCCUGGUUUUGCCAUCGGAGGCCUGAGUGGAGGUGAAGAGAAGGACGACUUCUGGCGGAUGGUGACCCUCAGCACGGACCACCUCCCUCGAGAAAAGCCUCGCUACCUCAUGGGCGUGGGAUACGCUGUGGAUUUGGUGGUGUGCGUUGCUCUGGGGUGCGAUAUGUUCGACUGCGUGUUCCCCACCCGGACUGCUAGGUUUGGCUCUGCGUUGGUACCCUGGGGAUCCUUGCAGGUGAAACAGAAGCAGUACGCCAAAGACUUCCAGCCCAUCGACCCUGACUGCCAGUGUCCCACAUGCACAAGACACAGCCGGGCGUACCUGCAUGCUCUUUUUAAGAGCGACACGGCCGCCAUGCAUCACGUCACCAUCCACAACAUCGCCUACCAGCUCAACCUGAUGCGCUCUGUGCGACAGAGCAUCGUGGAAGGCCGUUUCCCGGAUUUCAUACGCACCUUUAUGAGGCGGAUGUUCCCUUCCCGUGACCAAUAUCCCAGCUGGGCCGUGGACGCUUUGGCCUCUGUCAACAUCACUUUGGAAUAACGCCAUGGAGACUCUGUUUUUAUUGUACUGCACAGAGAUAAACAGUGACAGAUUUUAUAUGUUUUUUAAAUGACUUUUUUAAAUAUUUUUUUAAAUGGACAAUCAAACUCAAGGAGGUGGUGGGGGGGGCAGCUUUAGCUCAACAGGAUGCCGCUUUAUUUUGGUGGUGCAGCUCGUGCAAAUUGUCCUCAGAGUGCACGUUAUGAUAAUAUGCGACUGGAUGAGGUUGAAACAAGCUUUCUGAAAACACACCAACUGCGUCGCCCCGGUGUGCUUGCAUUUUUGUGCUGUCGCCAUGGUAACGCGGACAGGCCCACCCACUUGAAAUGUUUUUUUUUUUUGCCUUUGCCUGUCAACCUUUUUUUUGUUGUUGCACGUUUCCAUGGAUGAGCACAAUAAAGGCGGCGCAUCGUUAUCACAGCCACGUUAAGAUGAAUAAAAUAUAUGUGUGGCAUCGCUUGACAACAAAAUGUGUACUUGUCUGACGGCCAGCAGAGGGCAAAAUUUCAACAAGGAUCGCCUUGUAAUGUACACACAAGCUGUCUAAGGAUUAAAGGCCGCGUAAACAUUGACAUCCACAUUCUGGGAUCAGCAUCUAUCCAAUUAGAACGCAUUCAUUUUGGGCUCGGGAAUAAUACUCACUUGAUGAUAAUUAUGAGUGACUCAUAAAGACACCUGUCGCCUUUGUCCUCUUAACACUUCAUUUGCAUUUCAGUGUUUCAGUGACCGCAAGCACCAAUGCCAAGCAAAGCAGUGACGCGCCACCGCUCAAGCACCAAAUACUGUGAUUAAACACACUAAAAGUACUUUCACAAAUUGCAUUUUGUUUCUUUCCAAAUUCUUCCACAUGCUCUGUCAGGGGUCUCAAACACGAGGCCCGCGGGCCACAUGUGGCCCGCAGGACACUAGUUUGAGGCCCCCGCCUUGAUAUGAAAGUUUAAUGUUAGUGUGGCCCGCGCAAGUUUGAUAUGGAUGCUGUAUGGUAUCAUGUACCCAGAAAAAAUGAUUACGUUUGAUUAAUGUUCAUGUUAAAGGUUAAAUAACUGUUAAUUGUUAUCCUCCCUAUCCGUGUGGAAGUG